AUGACGAGAGAAAGGAGGUACGUUUUGGACAGUCGAGUUCGAUCGCCAUCGCCUCAGCGUCGAACACUAAGGUAUCGGGAUUUUUCACCGUCCCGCCGCCAGGAGUAUUCCUCCCAUCAACGUAACGUCGAUGAUUUACAUGCCACGGAUGGUAUGCAGUAUACCGAGAGGUCUAGGAGAACGGAGAGGAGGGAUCAUUUUGAUAGAGAUCUUGAUUUGCAGGCUGUGAGAUUCUCAGAUUAUCAUGAUAGAGAUAGAGAUAGAGAUAGAGAUAGAGAGAGGGAUAGAGAGAAUGAUAGCUAUAGGUAUAAGGAUGGUGUUGGAUAUUCUCGGAGAUUGUAUGGAGAGGACUCAUUGAUUGGGAAUUCUGCUUCGAUGAAGUUUCGGCAGAAAUAUGGUUUAGACAAUCCUCGAAACUCUGAUGGAUUCAAUGUGAAAGAUAAUGUGAAUGACUACCGUGGUGUUUGUGAUACUAGUAUCACAAGGGUGAGUGCUGAGAGAGAUUGUUAUCCAGGGAGUCAAUAUUUGGAUGAGGGUCGAUCUAGAUUGCCUGCAGGGUUGCGCUAUUCGGGUGGUAGCAAACCUAGUCCCAUGGAAACUGAGAGGACACAGAGCAGGUACACUGAUUCAUAUGCUUUGGAUCAUGUUGGUGUUGAUGGUCUACCUAAAAGUUUAGGUGGUUAUGACAUUGGUGCUCAUCGCGUGCCAUCUUCAGAAUUGCAACAUUUGAUUACUGGCACUCAUAAAGACAGUGACUUUAAUCCCAUAGAUGAGCUUCAUUUGCCGAAAAAAGGUAGAGACAUUCACUCUGGGGACAACUGUUAUUUGAGUAAAAAAGAUGGACAUUUUCAUCCUGGAGAUGAUCUUAUUAAUCUGGAUGAGCAUGUUAGACCAAUUGAUAGAGAAAUGUUCAGGUACAACAGGGAAGAUAACCUCCAGUCUUUAAGAGGCUAUUUAUGGGAUGAUGUUGACCAUACAAUGUCAUCAUCUCGGCCCAAGGAUUAUACCAAGGGGUCAUCUGGUUUCUCCUCCAGGGAAGACCUAUAUGUGCCAUCGCCAUCAAAUGGUACAAGACUGAGGACUGAAAUGACUUCCAAGACUAUUGGUUGUGAUGGGGGGUCUGGUGAAAAAUCACAAAAUAGGUCUCCCAUGACUUCACAAGAUAUCACAAGUUACUCAAGGUCAUAUUUUAGCUCACUAGAGAGACAUGGAGCUCAUAUUUAUCCAGAAUAUGGUAGAAGCCACAUGGGCUGUUCUAGUACAAGGUCCAGUGGAUUACCAUUUGGAAAAACAUUGACGGAUGUUAAAGAAUACAGAAGCCAGGAUACUUCAAGAACCCACUCUAUGUAUCCCGUAGAUGUAAUUGAUGAAUCCUCUAGAAUACGUUUAGAAGAUGUUGAACUUUGGAAUCACCAUACUUCUUCACGAGGAGAGUCGAUGCAUAAUUAUUCUGAUACGCGUGGAUCCUCGCACGCAAGAGAACAAGAUGACAAAGUAUUAGGUUGCAGUAGUAUGCGCUUGAGUUAUGAUAGGGAAUUGUAUAGCAACUAUGGAAGCAUUGAACCACGAGAGAUUCAUAGUAAUGAGAUGGAUGGUGGCCCAUGGACUCAUGAAGAAAGAUCACACAUGUUACGUCUGAAAGAAUAUGACCCUUGCUUGGAUCAAAUUGAUGAUAGCCCUCACAUGAGGUUGGCUGCAAGGGAUUUGAGUUCAGUUAAAACAUCUGAGAAAUUGCACAAGCAUAAUGUUAGUAGGAAGAGUGUUCGCAAGAUUUACCAUCAAGGUCAUGGAGGAGAAAAUGUGGUUCCUGUAAGUUUGUCAUAUAAAUUCAAAUCAAGAAAGUAUGAUUAUGCCAAUACUAGUGAAUCGAGUGAGAUGGCCAAUUAUCAGUCAUCCAGUGAAAAAUUCAAAGCUAAUCACUCGAACAAUCACCAUAUGUCUGGCGCUAGAGACAUAAAGAAGCGGUUGGGACCACAUCCUCAAAAGCUUCAUGUUUCUCAACGUAUAGUAAAGAAAUACAAACCUUCAUUGGAGAAGAGGUUGGGACCUGCUCCCAAGAAUCACGAUAGACUCCCAUGGCUGAAAAAGUUAGGUUCCAAAAAAUUUCCAAGGGUCCAAGAUGAUUCAGAUGCUAGUCCUGAUGAUGUAUUGGGUGACAACUUAGAAGAUAAUGCUUUUCCUGAAAAGCCUGAAUUGCCUGAACCACCUGAAAAGUCCGAUGAGUUCAAGCAGUUGGUGCAGAGUGCAUUUUUCAAGUUUCUCAAACAGACGAGUGAAACGCCAACAAAAAGGAAGACAUACAUGGAACAAGUAAAAACUUAUAGAUUAAAGUGCCUCGUCUGUGGAAGCAACUCCGACGAGUUUGCAGACACAGAAAGUUUGGCAAUGCAUGCCCUCACAUCCAGCAAGGUUGGCCUCAGGUCGCAACACUUGGGAUUGCACAAAGCACUUUGCAUACUGAUGGGAUGGAAAAGUGCAGAGGAUUUUGGUGGUCAGUGGCUUUGCGAGGUCAUGUCUGAUGCUGAAACUUCAUCCCUUAAAGAAGACCUCAUUAUCUGGCCACCUGUUGUGAUCAUUCAUAACAGUCCUAUAGGAAAGGAAAAUCCUGAUGAGCAGAUUAUUCUAUCCACUGAAGCUUUAGAGUCCAAGCUCAAAGACAUGGGAUUUGGGAACAUAAAUAAGGUCUGCAUCGGUAAACCUGCAAAUCAAAGUGUAAUGUUGGCAAUAUUCAAUGGCACACUUUCUGGGUUACAAGAGGCAGAGAGAUUGCAUAAAAAUUAUCUCGAGACUAAGCAUGGGAGGAUUGAAUUCAUGCAAGUUAUGUCCAGUGAGAAAGGAAGUUGUAGCGAAGAAAUACAAACAGUACCCGCAGAGAAUGAAGAAAAGUUCUUGUACUGUUACCUGGGACUUUUAAAGGAUCUUGAUAAACUAGACUUCAUCACCAAGAAACGAUGUGUGGUGAGGAGCAAGAGGGAGAUUCAGUCCAUUGCAGAUGCACCUUUAACUACAAAAGGAGAGCUUAGAUGA